GUUUCCAAAUAUUGUUUUCUUGUUCUUUAUUGGGUGUGUUUUUUAAAACUUUUUUUGUAGAACGGAUCAAUGACAUUCCUUCCUCGCAGUGGGAAAGCACGUAAAUCAAGGCGUCAGUUCAAGUGAAGUCGCAUAGUUGAGGCAUGAGAAGUGUGGCGACGCACUCGAGUGAGGUCACGUUGUGUGGCCGUGUCUCGUGACGAUCUCGAUGGGCGGGUCGUCGUCAACGGUCGCGGUGUGUGUGUGUGUGUGUGUGUGUGUGUGUGUUAAACGCCGCAACUGGGACUGGCCGGGAGUGCGUUGUUUUGAAUUAGCUCCACAGACAUCCAGCAGCGACCGGAGGGCAGUCAGCGGGGGCCUGUGGAUAAGAUGGCGGAUGUCGGGAGCGAUGAAACGCGACCGCCUCUCCCUUCGGUAUCCCAACACAACGGCCCGGUGGCGUCGACCGCACCGGCGAUGGGCUCCGCGGCCCUCAGCCCGGCCACGGCCACGGCCACCUCGGGUCCGCGGACGGUACGGAUAGUCAAGUCCGAGUCGGGCUAUGGCUUCAACGUCCGCGGGCAAGUCAGCGAAGGUGGCCAGCUGCGGAGCAUCAACGGGGAACUGUACGCUCCUCUCCAGCACGUCAGCGCCGUGCUGCCCGGCGGGGCUGCGGACCGGGCGGGCAUCGCCAAAGGUGACCGGAUCCUGGAGGUCAACGGCGUGAGCGUGGAGGGCGCCACCCACAAGCAGGUGGUGGACCUGAUUCGCGCCGGCGAGAAGGAGCUGGUCCUGGCCGUGCUGUCGGUCCCGCCGCAGGAGGUUGAGGGCCUGGAGGGGGGCGAGGACAUCCAGCCCAACUACGACUACAGCGACAAACAGGCCGUGCCCAUCUCCAUCCCCACCUACAAGCACGUGGAGCAGCACGCCGAGAGGUUUGUGGUAUACAACGUGUACAUGUCGGGCCGGCAGCUGUGCUCCAAGCGCUACCGGGAGUUUGCUAUCCUCAGCCAGAACCUGAAGCGCGAGUUCUCCAACUUCAACUUCCCCAAGCUGCCCGGCAAGUGGCCCUUCUCGCUCUCCGAGCAGCAGCUGGACGCCCGCCGCCGCGGACUGGAAGAAUACCUGGAGAGAGUUUGUUCUGUACGAGUGAUCGGGGAGAGCGACAUCAUGCAGGAGUUUCUCUCGGAAUCAGACGAGAACUACAACGGCGUGACAGACGUGGAGCUGCGCGUGGCGCUGCCUGACAAGACCACCAUUUCUGUCAGGGUGCGCAAGAACGGCACCACGGAUCAAGUUUACCAGGCCUUGGUGGUGAAGGUGGGAAUGGACAGCAUUAUGGCCAGCUACUUUGCCCUGUUUGAGGUCAUCAAUCAUACCUUUGUGCGAAAGCUGGCGCCCAACGAGUUCCCGCACAAGCUUUAUGUACAGAACUACACGUCGGCCGUGCCCGGCACUUGCCUGGCACUUCGCAAGUGGCUCUUCAGCUUCCAGGAGGAGGACCUGCUCCGAGACAACCCGCUGGCGUUGCACUACUGCUUUCACCAGGCGCUGGAUGAUGUGAAGAAGGGAUUCAUAAAAACGGAGGACAAAUCCUACCAGCUGCAGAAGCUGGCAGAGCAGCGCAAGAUGGCCACGUACCUGAGCCAGCUGCGCACGUGCCAGGGCUACAACGAGGUGGCUUUCCCCCACUGCUCCUGCGACUCCCGGAGGAAGGGCCACGUGGUCGCGGCCGUCGGCAUCCAUCACUUCAAGUUGCACGCGUGCACCGAGGACGGCGCGCUGGAGAACCAGGUGAUAGCCUUCGAGUGGGGCGAGAUGCAGCGCUGGGACACGGACGAGGAGGGCAUGGCCUUCUGUUUCGAGUACGCCCGAGGGGAGAAGAAGCCUCGCUGGGUCAAGAUUUUCACUCCCUAUUUCAACUACAUGCACGAGUGCUUCGAGCGGGUGUUUUGUGAGCUCAAGUGGAGGAAGCAGGUUGAGGAAGAGGCUUCUGACAAAGACAACCAAAACUGCAGCAACAACGAGUUUCUGUCGCCCCUGGAGACGCAGCAGAAGGGAUGGCGCCACCUAGGGGGGGAGAUCGCCACAUCUUAAACGAACGUAACGCCGCAAAUCCGUCCCCACAUUCCGCUUGCAUCGUCACACCCGCCCCGAGAGCGAGAGCGCGCCCGUCCAGCCCAGCAAGAUUUGAGGGAUGGGCGGAGGCGGGCCGCACCCCCUGACGAAUCUUAAAAUGGGAUCGAGCUUUUCUUUUUUCCGCAAGGGGAGGGAAGAGGAACGCGUCGCGCACUAAGCCAGGGACACUUAGCAAGAUGAGCGAUGAAGGGGAUUCGGCUUUCACCGAAUUCCUGGAUCUCCGUACCGAGCGUCUGCGAGACGCCGCUCUCCCGCGUCGGUUCGGCGGGCGACGGACAGAAGCGCAUUCUGGAAACGGGACCGUCGGCGGCGGGAUUACGUACUUGGCCUCCGGCGAGCCCAUGCCACUGACAGCGGGAAGCAAAAAGGAGGGAAUUCUUUUUUUUCUUCUUUUUUUUUUUUCUGCGAGACCGAAAGAUGCAAAGUCCGACGCCAGACAUGAACAAAGUUUUCUAUCAGUAGGGUCUGGGGUUUAUCUUGUUGUUGUUGUUGUU